AUGAGUGGACUGCAACUCCGAGAGGCUGUUGAGGCAGAUGUGCCUCUUAUUUUCAACUUCAUUAAGGGACUUGCCGAAUACGAAAAGCUCUCGGAUGAGGUCUAUGCCACUGAAGCCAUUCUUAGCGAUUCCUUGUUCACUAAAAACGCUGCAAAGGUCAUCAUCGCUUCAUACGAUGACAACGCUGCUGGAUUCGCACUCUACUUUUACAACUUCAGCACUUUCACAGGCAAACGGGGUCUCUACCUUGAGGACCUAUUCAUCCUUCCCGAAUUCAGGAGUAAAGGGGUAGGAAAGGCGUUGCUGAAAGAGUUGGCGCAGAUCGCUGAAAAGGAAGACUGUGCCAGAAUGGAGUGGGUUGCUUUGGACUGGAAUACUCCUGCAAUCAACUUUUAUAAGGCUAUGGGUGCCGUUGAGAAAAACGAAUGGACUAUUGACUGGUGA